AUGUCGAUGCUCCCGACUUUUGGCUUCACCCAAGAGCAAGUGGCCUGCGUCUGCGAGGUGCUCCAGCAAGGCGGCAACAUCGAGCGGCUGGGGCGGUUCCUCUGGUCCCUCCCUGCCUGCGAGCACCUCCACAAGAACGAGAGUGUCUUGAAGGCCAAGGCGGUGGUGGCCUUCCACCGGGGCAACUUCCGCGAGCUCUACAAGAUUCUGGAGAGCCACCAGUUCUCGGCGCACAACCACCCCAAGCUGCAGCAGCUCUGGCUGAAGGCGCACUACAUCGAGGCGGAGAAGCUGCGGGGGCGACCCCUAGGGGCCGUGGGCAAGUAUCGGGUGCGCCGCAAGUUCCCUCUGCCCCGCUCCAUCUGGGACGGCGAGGAGACCAGCUACUGCUUCAAGGAGAAGAGCCGCAGCGUCCUCCGCGAGUGGUACGCCCACAAUCCCUAUCCGUCCCCCCGAGAGAAGCGGGAGCUGGCUGAGGCCACAGGCCUCACCACCACCCAGGUCAGCAACUGGUUCAAGAACCGCCGGCAGCGGGACCGCGCCGCCGAGGCCAAGGAAAGGGAAAACAACGAGAAUUCGAAUUCCAACAGUCACAACCCGCUCUCGGCCUCAAUGAACGGCAAUAAGACAGUUUUGGGGAGCUCAGAGGACGAGAAGACGCCGUCAGGGACUCCGGAUCACACCUCCUCCAGCCCCGCGCUGCUCCUCAGCUCCAACCCAGGGCUGCAGCCCCUGCACAGCCUGGGACACCCCCAGGGCCCCAGCGCCAUCCCUGUGCCCAGCGCCGACCCCAUGCACCAUCACAGCUUGCAGGACUCCAUCCUCAACCCCAUGUCAUCCAACCUGGUUGAUCUGGGCUCUUAA